AUGCUCGUUGACGACAGCCACUCCAACCCGCCAAAGAUUCGCGACCCGUUCUGUGACGAAAGUUUCUACUCGGCAGAGAACACUAUAGCAAACUUUUUUAAAAAUUCCGCCGUCCGCACGAACAAUGCUUCCGAAGCAGACUACUUCUACGUUCCUAUACUUUCCACAUGCUAUCUCAUGACCAACUUGCCCAAUGACGUGGAGAAGACUGGCGCCUUUUUCUCAAAGGCCAUGGACCAUAUCAUUAACGAGUACCCGUACUGGAACCGCAGCGACGGUCGCGACCAUGUCUUCAUGUUCGCGCAGGGCUUUGGUGCCCGUCUCUCGGGAGAUUGGGGGCGUUACAGGCACGCCACUUUUCUUGUGCACAACGGCGACUAUGAAGAAGAACACUUUUCCACGCACAAGGACAUAGUUGUGCCCCCCGAUCUUUCCCAUUAUUUCAAACCUGUCGGCCUCGCCCACCCAGAGCGCUUACUCCCGAAGGACAACUUUGUCCUUUUCGGAGGACAAAUCCUGAACACAUCAAUCUCAGACCAUCGCGGCAGCAACUACUCAGGUGGGGUACGCCAGUUUAUUCAGUCGGAUCUUGCGGACACCGACGGUUACAAAGUCACAGGUGUCCGCUCGACGACCUAUAUCGAGGACAUGAUGGGCAGCGUCUUUUGUCUUGCACCACAUGGCUGGCAUAAAUGGAGCCCACGACCCGCCUAUGCCGUGCUUCUAGGUUGUAUCCCUGUCGUUAUUAGUGAGAAACAGAAGCUCUUCUUGGAGGGCUUGGUAGACUACUCGCAGAUCUCGUACUGGGUGCGCCCGCAUGAAAUUCGAGACUUGGACCGCAAGCUGAGAAGUAUUCGACACGAGGAAAUAACCAGAAAGGAGCUUGCGCUACGGGACGUGUGGAGGUUAUUCUGGUACGGCGAAGAGGGGCUUGCGGAGCAAGCAAUUUUGUACAGUUUACACAGAAGACUGGAUGCUGCUCGUCCAAUCAGGGAGUAUAUCUAA